AUGGACUUGCACAGAACAGCUUUCAAGAUGGAGAAUUCUUCAUACCUUCCUAACCCCCUUGCAUCUCCAGCUUUGAUGGUCCUGGCGUCGACUGCAGAGGCCAGUCGAGAUGCCUCCAUCUCCUGUCAGCAGCCUAGACCCUUUGGAGUACCUGUCUCUGUGGACAAAGAUGUCCAUAUUCCCUUUACUAAUGGCUCCUAUACCUUUGCCUCAAUGUACCACCGUCAGGGCGGGGUGCCAGGGGCUUUCCCGAACCGAGACUUUCCCCCUCAACUUUUGCACCUGCAUCAUCAAUUUGCACCUCCAAAUCUGGACUGUACCCCAAUCAGCAUGCUGAACCAUAGUGGUGUUGGGGCAUUUCGACCUUUUGCCUCUGCUGAAGACAGAGACAGUUACCAGUCAGCCUUUACACCUGCCAAAAGACUGAAGAACUGCCAUGAAACCGAAUCCCCUCAUCUGAGGUUUUCGGACUCUGAGGGCAAGGAGUACGAGUUCACAACCCAGCUCCCAUCCAGUUCCCCCAGUUCACUGAAGCUAGAUGACACUGGAAAAAAGGUCUUUGCUGUGUCAGGUCUCAUCUCUGACCGGGAGAACUCGGCAAGCCCUGAAGAAAAUCGAAAUGAGAGAUGUAAGAAGAAAGCGACGCUGUAUGACACUCAAGCCCCAAUUUGCCCCAUCUGUCAGGUGCUGCUCCGCCCAAAUGAACUCCAAGAUCAUAUGGAACAGGAACUGGAAAAGCUCACUCAAAGCACGGUCAGUAAGCAUUCCAUGUUGAAGGACAGCACAAUCCAGGGGACUGUGAAGCCUGUUCUGCUAUCUGCGCCAAUUAAAAGGGAAGGGGAAUCUCCUACAGCAUCGCCUCUCUCUACAGAUGACACUCAUCAUUCAGACAGAUAUCAGACAUUUUUGCGAGUAAGGUCCAACAGGCAAGCAAGGCUGAAUGCACGAAUAGGGAAAAACAAGAGGAAGAAGGCCUCAGAGGAUGGCCAGGUAUGUCCGCUGUGCAAUGAGACGCUCUCUGGAACUGUGGAGGAGAUGAGUAGACAUGUGGAAGCUUGUCUGGACAAGAGAGAUGGCUCUUGCACAAAUGAUGAUGAGUCAGUGGACAUAGAAAAUGAGAGUGGAAGUGUGAACAGAUUUGAAGAGUAUGAAUGGUGUGGGCAGAAGAGGAUACGAGCUACAACCUUAUUGGAAGGUGGCUUUCGAGGAUCUGGCUUUGUCACCUGCAGCAGUAAAGAGAACCAUGACAGUGAUGCAGAUCUUGACGUGGAUGGAGAUGACACCCUGGAAUAUGGGAAACCACAAUACACAGAGGCAGACAUUAUACCUUGCACCGGAGAAGAACCAGGCGAGGCCAAAGAGAGGGAAGCACUCCGGGGUGCUGUGCUAAAUGGUGGAACCCCGAGCAACAGAAUAACACCAGAGUUUUCCAAAUGGGCAAGUGAUGAAAUGCCCUCAACAAGUAAUGGGGAAAGUGGUAAACCAGAGGUACAGACACAGAAGACUUGUAAAAACAGCGAGAUUGAAAAGAUAUCUGAAGAUGCAACAGUAACGACAAUUGAAGCACUGAAAGCCCGUAUCCGUGAAUUGGAACGACAGCUAUCCCGUGGGGAUCGGUAUAAAUGUCUUAUUUGCAUGGACUCCUACUCGAUGCCUCUCACAUCAAUCCAGUGUUGGCAUGUUCAUUGUGAGGAAUGCUGGCUCAGAACACUGGGGGCUAAAAAACUCUGUCCACAGUGCAACACCAUCACAUCCCCUGGAGAUCUCAGACGUGUUUAUUUGUGAAGGAGUGGGAUAUAGAAAGAAAAGGCCGUGGUGAUCCUGAGGCCAAGUUAAUUACAAUGCCUCACAACAGAAAGAGGACCAUAAACAAUUGUGGGGUGGCACCAAAAAAUGUACAAAUAUUCCAUUUUUGAUUUUCUCUUAAGUGUGUGGAAGGAGAGAAGCAGCCCAUCCAAGAGGAGAACUUGAUAAUGCUGUUUGUUGUGUUAAUAAUAAAGGAACCCCUAUCCCCCAUCCGAGUUUUAUCAGAUGAUUGACGCCCAGAACACAUAUACACACACCUCCAUAAACCUGUUGACUGGAGCUGCGUUUACCAGAAGACAUUCUGGGCUGUGCAUUGUGAAUGGACCUGUACUGUGUUCUAUUGUGGUGUUAUAGUGACAAAAAAAAGAUGAAGCACAUGUAAUAUAAAUUAUGUAUGUUUACACCAUUGAUUGUGUAUAAAUGGAAUAGACUUAUGAACAGUGCAUACUAAUAAGUCCUUAAUCAUUUUGAGAGAAAGAAGUAAGAUGCAUUAAGUCUGCAGUAUUUUUUACCCAGGCUACCUAAGAUUUAAAUGUUUUGGGCAGUUGGUUAAAAAAUAAUCUGGUUUAAUGAAUAAUUUGUGAUGUAUAUUUCUCAUUCAGAUAAAAGGGACAGCUUUUACAGUAAUGGCUGUAAUAAUGCCCAUAACUUAAGUACUAAAGGAUGUAGACAAGUUGGCUUGUCUUAGUUGUAACAAAUGGGCUACUUGUACUAGAAGCCUGACCCAUUUAAAAUAUCAGGCUGCGCAGCACCAGACCCCUGAGGGAGAAUCAGGUUGACCCCUAUAUAGAAACUAUGGCCCAAUCCCUAAGUGAAGCUGCGUUAGUUCUUGUGGACCAGCGUUGUGCUGUGUGUCUCGGUUGUACCAGAAUAUGUAACCAGUUAUAAUGUUUGUUAUUCAUGUGAAAAGUCCUGGAAUAUACUGAAGAACUUGAAAGUAGAUUUUUGAACAGAAUGCAGAUAUUCUGUGAUUAACAGUUGCCUAUAACAAUGGCAGCCCUGCCCUCUAUCAAAAAUAAUAACUUAAUUGGCUUCAUCUCCUGUUCCUGAAAAUCUUUUGAAUGUUGCCAGUUGUUAUAGUUUGUAUAGCCCAUCAUUAUAAGUCUCACAAUUUUAGUGUUGUCUUGUUAUUAAGGUAGUUGGACCUUGGUUCCUGGUUCUCUUUCAUAUUACAUUUAUGCUACAUUCUGGGACAGUCACUGAAAUGUGCAACUCGCUAUAGCGUGUAAAAUGCUUGGCUCCCAAGAAACGGAUUAUGAAGGGAGUAGAAAAAUUAAAAUUUGACUAUGUUCUUUACAAAACAUGUUGGCCAUGACACAGGCACAGGCCUUAAAAGAAAUAAGAAUGAUAUGAAUUUACUGUAGUAAUUGACCAUUGAUGUAAAAAGAAUCUCUUGGCCAAAGCAGGCUACAUGGUGACCUUUAACAUAACCCUUUUGAUGUUGGUUGGACAUAGUUGCAAUUCCUCACACUUUUAUUUCCUUUUUUUUUCCCCACUCUUUAAUAGCCAGUUGCUGUUUUGAUGUUUCCAAUCAUCUCUUGAGCACUGUAUUUUUAAAAACAAAUGUUGCCACAGUUCAUGUAAUAUGGCUUUAAUGGACAAAGCUUGAAAUAUCCAUUAACACACUGGCAUUUGCUAAUAAAAGUUCAAAGUCCUUCCAGAAUAAA